AUGUCAUCUGAGACACACCAAAACCCCCAGACUGGGGAAGAGGAAUCCAGCUGGGGAGGUGAUUUUGAUCCAUUUUCUGAUCCGGAAGAGCGCAGAGUGCUGUUUGCUGCUUUUGACUCAUUCAGACAAUAUCGGCGAAAUGCCCACAUGAACACCACACAUCGCAGGCGGCAGGCCUUUUAUGCCCUGCCAUCGGCACACUGGCAGAUGCUAUCAGAGCCGCCAUUCUCUAUCCUUGACAACUUCAACAAGGUAGAUGACGCUAUCGAUGUCAAUGCUGAAAUUGCAGAUGCAAUUCUUGCAAUUGGAUUACAAUCAUUUGAUCUUCCUACCAAUCCCGACAAAAAUAACCCAAAGGAAAAUUGGCAUGACACAGCCACUUCAUCGGACGUCAACAAGGCGCAUUCGACGAUCCGCCAGUUCUAUCGUGACUGGAGCCUGGAGGGGCGAACCGAGCGAGAAGUGUGCUAUGACCCCGUCAUCCAGGACCUUCACAAUGAGUUCCAGGCAAGGCGCGACAGCGGAGAGGAAAUCCGCAUUUUGGUUCCUGGUGCCGGUUUGGGGCGUUUAGUCUUCGAGGUCUGCAUGGCUGGCUAUGAUGCCGAAGGAAAUGAGAUCUCCUAUCAUCAACUCCUGGCCAGCAACUGGGUUCUCAAUCACACUGAAGGAACGGCAAAGCAUGCGCUUCAUCCUUUCGCAUUACAUUUCUCCAAUCUACAAUCUCGAGCGCAGCAGCUUCAGCAGAUCAUGAUACCCGACGUGCAUCCCGCCUUGGCGAUGCAGGAGAUGGCCAACUCAGGCCGUCGCUUUGGAACAAUGUCCAUGUCUGCAGCCGAUUUCACCGUAUUAUACACCCAGCCCAACAAUCAGCAAGCUUUUGACGCAGUCACCACGGUAUUCUUCAUUGACACCGCGCCAAACCUGAUCCGGUACAUCGAGACGAUCCGACACUGCCUCAAGCCGAACGGGCUGUGGAUCAACGUUGGCCCGCUAUUGUGGCACUUUGAAAAUGGCCAUUCCCGCAACGAAAGCGAGGUCGGGCACGAGGAAUCUGGGAUAGGUGAGCCUGGCAAUGUAGAGUUAUCCGAGGACGAAGUGUUGAGCCUCGUGGAGCGCAUGGGCUUCCGCCUUGAGAGGCGGCCUGAGGAUCGGCGGGCUUGCGGCUAUAUCCAGGACCCAGCGAGUCUGCUUCAAAAUCUUUACCAGCCAUCUCACUGGGUGGCCCGCAAAAUUCCUGUCUAG